CACUCGUCCGGGCAGUCUGAGCCCGUAACUCUGGUGCCGUACGAGUACGACCCAGAGGCGGUGCACGAAUCGGUGCUGUGGACGGAGAGCGACGACGUGGGCGACGGUUUCCGCUGCAUACGCAUGGUCAACAACAUCCACCUCAACUUCGACGCGUUGGAUGGGGUGACGGAACUCCAGGACGGCACCCCCGUCGUGCUGUGGGAGUGGCUCGAGGGGGCGAACCAGUCCUGGAAGAUCCUGCCGUGGGGCACCGACGGUGGCCUCCAUCCUGCGCUGUCCUCUGAGUGCACCAUGCGCAUCUUCUGCAGCGCCGGCGAGGAGUACAGCAUCGCCGCAAGGGACGGCGCGGUGUGCCUCGCGCCUGCGGACCCCAACGACGACCUGCAGCACUGGGUGAAGGACAUGAGGCACGGUGAAGACAUCAAGGACGAGUAUGAGCAGCCUGCGUUUGCCCUGGUGAACAAGGCCACCGGUGAAGCCAUCCAGCAUUCCCUGGAAAAGGGCCACCCUGUUCGCCUUGCGGCAUACGACCCGGACUGCCCGGACGAGUCGGUGAUGUGGACGGAGAGCGAGGACGUCGGCGACGACUUCCAUUGCAUCCGCAUGGCGAGCAACAUCCAGCUCAACUUCGACGCCGUCCAUGGCGGCGAGGACGAGAGCGUGGUGCAGGACGGCACCACCAUCAUCCUGUUUGACUGGGUCGAGGGAGACAACCAGCGCUGGAAGAUCGUUCCCUGGUGUGAGUAAUCUAUCAUGUGCCAAUCG